CUAAUACACAAACUCGUCUAAGUCGACAGUCCUCCCCAAAAUCCCAAACCUCUUCUUCUUCACACAACCAAAAACCAACCAUGGACUUCACAAAGAAGCGGAAGACGGACGAGAACGGCGACGUUUCGACGGCCCCGCCUUCCCAAUUCACAACCCUAACCCCCGACGACUUCCGCAAACUCCUCCAGCCCAUGUCCCACGACCACCUCGUCGAAAUCCUCGAAAACGCCGUCGUUCGCCACCCCGACGUCCUCGAAUCCCUCCGCCACGUCACCAACCGUGACCUCACCCUCCGCAAGCUCUUCGUCCGCGGCCUCGGCGCCGACACCACCACCGAUUCGCUCCGCUCCGUCUUCUCCGCCUUCGGUGACCUCGACGAAGCCAUCGUCAUCUUCGACAAGGCCACCGGAAAAUCCAAGGGCUACGGAUUCGUCACCUUCAAGCACGCCGACGAAGCCCUAAUUGCGCUCAAGGAACCGAGCAAGAAGAUCGACGGCAGAAUCACCGUCACGCAGUACGCCGCCGCCGGACAUUCGGCGCCGUUCAGUAGCAGCAACGGCGGCGCCGAUGUCUCGGCGAGGAAGAUUUACGUCGGGACGGUGCCGUUUGAUAUCUCCUCCGAGAGAUUGUUGUCUGCGUUUUCGGCUUUCGGAGAGAUUGAAGAAGGUCCCCUAGGGUUUGAUAAGGCCACCGGAAAAUCAAAGGGCUUUGCUUUCUUCGUGUACAAGACCGAGGAAGGUGCCAGGGCCGCUCUCAUUGAGCCUUUGAAAAACAUUGAUGGUCAUCAUGUGACUUGCAAAUUAGCUGUGGAUAACAAGAAGGGUAAAAACGGUGGCGCUCAAGGACCCCCGGGUGAUAAUUCAGGCGUCCCUCCUCCGCAGCAAAUGCAGCCGGGCAUGUUUAGGCCACAGCCUCAGCCGGGGCAGUACCCGGGUUAUCCUGGUGGGCAUGAGCCAGUGGUUCCUAGGUAUAAUACUAGUUUCAGUCAGUAUGGGGUGCCCCCACAGUUGCCUCCAAAUUCGGUAGGAAUGCCUCAUGGAGUCUAUCCAGACAGUUCGCGCUAUGGGGUUCCUCCACCACAGCAUCAUCAGGCUCCCUCAAUGCCAAGAGGACCACCUGGAGGAAUGUAUCCGCCACCUUACUACUGAGAUUUGAUUACUUGUUUGAACGGUGAUGGGUAUUUGGUUCAGGUCCUUGAGAAGCUUCUUGGGCGCAAAUGCUUUAAAUGGUUAUGGUGAUUUCAUGAUUGCAGACAAUGAAUCUUUGGAUUGAUUAUAUGGACUGCUGUGAUUCUGUUGCUGCUUCACUUCAUCUGCUUCUCUAGUUGUGCUUUGUUUUGUGAUCUAUUUUGAUCUAAAUGUAGAACUUAUUCGAAAGGAUAGUAUGAUUUUUGUGAUACAUGGUUUACUGGAGUAGGGAUUUUAUUAUUUUUAUAUUUUCUUAGUAGAUGACAAUACUUCCCCUAUUUUGUGUAAUUGGUUAUUGCAUUAUUAUUAAUUUUAUUUCUUAUGUUUUUAAAUGUGAUACAUGGUUAUUUGAUGUGUUUCUUCAAGAGGCUUCAUAGUUUGUACCUUUUUAUCUAGAUGAUACAUAUAUUAUACAUAAAUAAAUUAUUAUACACACAAACAUAUACAUAUAGUCCACAGGGGUUCUAUUUUCAAUGCCCCUCCAUUGCCCUAGAAGUUGGACUGCUUGUACUCAUGGCAGAAAAGCAUCCAUAUGAGUUCACAUUCACUUCUGCUACUAGUUACCACCUAAGUACAUAGAUUGAAUCUUCACAUUGUUAAUUGUUUCUUAUAUGGUCCAUUUGCUUCGAUUUUAGAUGGUUGUAUAAUUGAACAUAGAGUUAUCCUUCAAUAGAACUCUGAUUUUUGUAACUAGAAAGAUGUGAAAGUAUUACAUGCUAUGCUUGUGGUUUCUGUUGGCUUUUGUGCAUAUAUCAUGACUCAGGCUGCUAACUAAUGGUUUUUGAGUUGCCUUCUCUGUUCUUUAUGGCUUCAUCUUGGUGGAAUCGCACCAAGCAUCGGCCCUCCUGAAGCUUGGAUCCCAGUUUGGUGUGCCAAAUAUUCUGUGGUGGAGAGAAGCCUCGAGUUGUAAUUGUGAUCUUCCUAAUAUUGUCUUGUAUCUGUAUGGCUGACUGUCAGGUUGAGUAGUGCUAACCUACAGUUCCUGGAUUUUUCUGCUCCUUGAUAACGUUGCUAGAUAUGACUUCACUAGAGCAACUGUUAGCCUGUAGAGUUGUUCGAUGUCAGUUUAACCCACAGAAAAAAAGUGUCAAUGAAAUCAGAUGUAUUAAGUUAUUUGUUA